GAAAGUUUGUACGUCGACAAUGGAUUAUAUCUUCUACAGCCCUUGCACCUCAUCGCGCCUCAUCUUAUACUAGGAUACACCCCUCUGCAUUGGAUUAGCUGGUCAUCAUCAUCAAAUAGCCAAGGAUAUAAAUGGGGAAUGCACACCACAUAUUCCUGGUGAUCCUAGUGUCCUCGGCGGUGCCAUUGAUCGGAGCAUUGAGCAGCACCGUUUGUGCGGAUCGCUUCACUGGCCUCUCGUUCGCGGACCCGGCCAGUUGCUCCAGCUUCUAUGUGUGCCAGCGUGGAAAUGCCAUUCGGCGGGAGUGCUCCAGUGGUCUGUACUACGAUCCCAAGAUCCAGACCUGCAAUCUGCCCGGCCUAAUCAAAUGUUUCAACGGGGAUCGCGGCGUGGCUUUGCUGCCAGAAGUCAAACGAAACGGCACAGCGCUGCCUGAUGGAAAACCCAAGGAGGUGGCCACCACGACACCACCACACACAACCACCUGUCCACCGACGACGACUGUGCCACCAGUAGUGACCACCAAAAGCCCGAAAAGGGCUGCCACAGCUAUACCAAUAAGCCAAGAUGAUUCAGUUGGCGACCCAGUUACCCAAGAUACACCGCACGGAAUCGAUGUGUUGAGAUCCUCGCGCGAUUGCCGUGGAAUAAACGAUGGCGAGUACUUGACAGACCCCAAGCAUUGCCGCCGUUUCUAUAUGUGCCAUAAAAAUCGGGCCAAGCGCCACAAUUGCCCCCGGAAUCAUUGGUUCGACCGAGAGACCAAAUCCUGCCAGCAGCGAGAGAAGGUACUGAACUGUCCAUCCAAUCGGAAUUAGCUGCUGAAUGAUCUUGGUUGCAAGAAAUAAUGAAUUGUAACACCAUUGGUAAAUAAACCAAAGAAGCGUACAUCAUAAUGCAGCAUGAAAAACAUUUUUUUUUGUUUGUUAAUUUUAAAUUAGAAACUUGUGCAGUUGGCUCUUUGUAAGCAAGAUACAAAAUAAAUGUGUGAUAGUUUUUAGCUGA